GCGUGAAGCGUCGCCCUCGCGAGCGCGUGAAGCGUCGCCCUCGUGAGCGCGUGAAGCGUCGCCCUCGCGAGCGCGUGAAGCGUCGCCCUCGCGAGCGCCUGAGGCGUCGGGACUCGCGAGCGCCUGAAACGUCGGGACUCGCGAGCGCCUGAAACGUCGCCUUCGGGACUCGCGAGUGCGUGACUGUAACACUUGUGCGAGUACUGAAGCUUAAAGCAGCUAAAACACAGCGCACCCGCAACUGAUGAGCUCAUGACUGAGUGACAUGGGAUGCUUAAGUGUGAGCUCCGGCGCUCGGGUUUUGUGUCAGGGAAUCCCUGUGAAAGUUCCAAGUGUAUGAAAAAAACCAAAACCUGCUUAUUCAAUUCCAGACAUUCAGAGUGUGAAGCAAGCGACUGAGACGCACCAGAUUCAAAGAUGAGAAAGAGUUUAGACCAGGAGUUCAUCGCUGAAGUGGUCAUCCGCCUGCUGCUGCUGGCUGUCUUUCUAGUGACUGAAAACCUGGCGCCGUUUACCCGGCAGAUCCAGCCUGAGGAGAUCUGGCUUUACAGGUUCCACCAUGUGAAGAAUGACUACGUUCCUACCUCACUCAUGUUUAGCAUUGCUGUCUUUGCACCGCUGGCCAUCAUUCUGCUUUUCGCAUUCCUGAAAAGAACUGAAAAAGGGGAGGUUAAGGAGGCUGUGUUAGCUGUGACGCUGACUCUGCUCCUGAAUGGCAUUUUCACCAACGCUGUAAAGCUCACUGUGGGAAGAAACCUCCAAGCUGAUGUGAAAAGAGGCUCCUUGACUGUAAAACCGCGUCCCGAUUUCUUCUACCGCUGCUUUCCAGAUGGUCAGAUGAAUCCAGAGUUUCAGUGCAGCGGCAGCCCAGAAGUGGUCACGGAGGGGAGGAAGAGUUUCCCCAGUGGACACUCAUCAUUUUCGUUUGCCGGACUGGGCUUUACGGCACUUUUCGUGGCUGGGAAGCUUCACUGUUUCAGUCCCGCUGGUCGGGGAAAAGCAUGGCGUCUCUGUGCAUUCCUCACACCUCUACUCUGUGCUGUCUUGAUCGCCGUCUCCAGAACUUGUGACUACAAACAUCACUGGCAAGAUGUGUUGGUGGGAUCACUGCUGGGUUUCACCUUCUCGUACCUGUGUUACCGACAGCAUUAUCCAUCGCUCACCGAGUCCGAUUCCCAUAAACCCAUGAGGUUCAGAGACACGCACACAAUACCCUCAGUACAAGGGAAUGCAGACAAGCCACUGCAGGAUUCCUCAAUUCUAUAUAGGGAUUUCAGUAGAAAUUAAACUCAUCCUGAACUGUAUGAUGGACAUGUUCUCAUUCACAGCCCUUAAGAAAAUGCUGCGUCUGUGAGUGAGUGUGUGUGUGUGCAUGUGUGAGUGCAAGUCCCUGUUUCUGUUUCUAUUUCUGUGUAAGAAAGACAUACUUUGUGUAUUGUAGAUAUUUGAAUUUGUAUUGGACCAGGAACAGUCCGGGGUUUCUGUAUCAGGUUUCAAAUAUCUGUUUGAACAUGUCCUUCACUCACUGUAUUUAUAACGGGGUCCAUCAAUAAAACAUUUGGAAAGUUUGAA